ACUUUACUUCCGUGUUCUGUGGUGCCAAUCGAUCUUGCUCACUGCACUGCAUGCGAUCUCUUCCAAGUUCUGUACACGUUCUAGAGCCUAGGAUUGUUUACAAAAUCGAGUGAAUGAAUGUGGAUGUCUAAUAUUUUGUAAUUUUUGACCUGAUACUCUGCUUAGGAGCUACAUGAUGACGAAGUUUUUGGAAAAUUUCUGGGAUUCAGACUUCAAUAGUACUAAUGGCUUUGAAGUAUUACUCAAACGGAUGAAAGAUGGGAGAGAGAUGUGUAAAGCACUGGAAACUUUAUUAAAAGAGAGAGCAAAGGCAGAAGAUACAUUUGGGCGAUCUCUUCAGAGAAUGGCAAAGAAUGCUGCUGGAAAGGAAGAAAUUGGUGGUCUUCGGAAGUCCUGGGAUGAACUGUUGUCACAGACAGAAGCCAUGGGAAACUCACACAUCCAGCUGAGUAUGAGGAUGAUGGAAGAAGCUAAGAAGAUUGAAGACUUCAGAGAAUCACAAAAAGAGAGAAGAAAGAAACCAGAAGAGAAUACCAAGAAGGCUCAGGUUCUUAAGAAGGAAUGGUUCAAUAAAGUUACACAGGCCAAGAAGACAUAUGAAAAUAGAAAACGAGAGUUAGACAUUGCUGAUGAAAACUACAUGAAACAGAGAUUGGUUUUGGCACCUAAAGAAGUAGACAAGCUCACUGUGAAGAAAGAGAAAUGUCUAGCAGCAGUAGAACAAGCAGAUGCCCAAUAUCAUGCAUCAGUCAAAACUCUUGAUGAUGCCAGGAAUGACUGGGAGAAACAAAUGGAAGAGACAUGUAUAAUUCUACAAGCCAUGGAGGAAGAGAGGAUAAAGUUCUUACGUAACUCAAUGUGGGUCCAUACCAACAUGCUUUCACUACACUGCGUAGAGGAUGAUCAGCAUUGUGAGGAGAGCAGGAAGAUCUUAGAGCAGUGUUCAGAAGAGAAUGAUAUCAGAUUAUUUGUUGCCCAGAAAAGGACAGGGAGCAGCAGGCCUGCACCCAUUGAAGUAGAAGGCAACUGGAAUAUUGCUAAAUCAACCAUGUCUAAUGGAAAAACAAUGCCUUCGCCAACAUCGGAUGCCAAUCGGAGACGAGACCCUCACACAGCAUUGCCAUCUAUUCCUAGUAACACACCAAACCCACUCAUCAAUGGGGCUCGCAGGUCAUUGCCUAGGCAACCAGAUAACGAGCAUUUCCAAGCGCUGCAACACACAUUAAGGUCAUCCGACCCUCUUUAUGCAGCAGUGGAAACUCCUCCCCCAUCUCAAUCUAAUCAGGCCUCUAAAUAUGUUCGGGCGCGUUAUGAUUAUAAAGCACAGGGACAGUCAGAGUUAAGUCUUUCCGUUGGUCAAAUACUGAGAAUACUUAAUACAGAUGACACAAACUGGUGGUUAGCUGAGUACGAGGGACAGACAGGACACAUCCCAACUCAAUACAUAGAACUUUGCAAUCAAACAGAAGAAAUGACUAUCAUAUAAACAUUUGAUUACACUUUUUUUCUGUUUUGGGAAAUAUUUAGUCUAUUUCUCAGAUUAUUUGUUGCCUGUGACAGCCAGAAUGUUUUUUCAAGAUUUUCUAUUCCUAAUAUUUGCAUACAUGCAAAUGUUUAUGUUAAAUAUAAAGUAAGAGCUCUGAUUGGUUGGAAGUAUCUCACAGUCAUGAUAUAUAACUUUCUAUUAUGUUAUAUUAAGGAGGCUAAUAUGACAUUGAUUUAUUAAUCCUAUAUGAAAGAAAAAUAUGGUUACUAUCUUUUUGGAAUAACUAGAAGGGGAUUACGUUGUGACAAAAAAAUAUAUCUUUAUGCUUUACUUUGGAUUUAGUUUGUUCAAUCUCAUGCAAAUACCUGAUCAAAUAUAAUUACUAGGCUUAGUAAAUUAUCCAAGAGAGCUGUGUUGUUAGUAAGUGUAGUUAAAUAACUGUAGAUGCACAAGUGGAAGAAACAGGGUAAGUCCUUUGGCAAGGCAUCAAUCAAAACAUUGUCGCUCUCCACCCAGGUGUUCAAAGAAAAAAACUUGGAAGGAUAUAUGCAUAGCAUUUGAGCUUGGAAGCUCUCAUUGGAAUGCUCCCCAGGGAGUGGAGAAGAUGCAUACAUUUUGUUCGGGCAAACCAGAAUCUGAUAAUCGGGAAAAUCUAAAUCACUAGUAAAUUGCUUGUAGACAUUGCUUUGGUGUAGUUGAAAUGAAUAUGUAUUUUGAAACAGAUUAUUAUCAUUAAAUGAUAAAAAUACAUCAUUAUUAUAUUAAAUAAUUCAACCUAUGUUCAUUUUAUUAGGACGAUAAUAAUUGAUGUAGAUAUCUGAACUGAUAUCAGCCCAUUAUGUGGUCACAUUUAAAAGGUCAUCGUUCGGUUGAAACACACUCGCGCCAUAUAUUUCCUGAUUGAGGAAAUAAUUGUGUUUAAACAAUCAUGUGUGGGAGCUGCAGAAUGAUUUUGAAAGUGGAAGGGGGGGGGCUGACCAUGCAAAAAUAUAGAUGGUAAUUUUACAUUUUUUGUACACGUUUGUUGAAUAAAGUGGGAAGCCCUCCCCCUGGCUCUGUGGCCCCUGCCUUCAUUAUAUAUUUAUAUAUCUAUUUUUUUUAAUUUCGUACUGAUCUGUCUUGUCUUUAUAAGACAAGUAAAUCAUUGCCUUUUAUUGUGAUGUUUAUAAAAAAUUGACUAAACUUCAUUUUGGAUGUAUACUUCUAUUACAGUCUUCCAACCAUUUCUUUUGCACUGUGAUUAUGUAUCAAUGUGCCUUUUGAAUUUGUUACAUUCAUUGAGUUUUUAUUCACUGUUUAAUGCAAUGGUGGAACAGAAAGGUAAGCACAAGAAACACAAGAAGUCAAAAACUUUGUUUCUAAUAAUAGUUUGGAUGGAAACAAGGUCAUGUUGAAUGCCUGAAUACAUUGUUUAUCAUUUAAGUAAUAAUUGAAGAGUAUUUAGCAAAUUAAAUUUAGCAAAUAUUUUUCAUAUAUGAUCCACCAUAUCUCUAUUACCCCAAACAUGACUCAACAUAAAUAUAAUAUUGGGUGAUGUGGACUCUCAGUCUAUACACUAUAACAUUCUUUUCAGUUUGGAAAAAAAUAUUAUUAAGAAUUAUAUAUUGGUAAGUUAUUUUCAUUGCACUGUGAAUAAAGAAUGACUUUGGCAUGUUAUAUUCAAUGAAGACGUUAGUUUUUUCACAAUCAAGAGUUUUUGCUUUUUUGUGCAAAUUUGAAUCAUGGUACAGUCAAAAGACUGCGUGUAUGAUAGUUAUAGUUAUUAUUUCUUGAGAGGAUAUUCUAACUUUAAAUGUGAUUACAAUACUGAUUUGGUAAAGCAAGUAGAAAAGAACAUUGAUUCCCCUUAAAAGCUUGUCCAUGAAGACUUAGUUUACAGGGGCCGCAGGAGAAGGGGGAGGCUAAAGCCCCCCUCCCCCUCUUUUUUCCAUAACCGACAUGUACAAAAAUGUAAAAAUGACCAUAUGAUUGUGUUUUGUGCAUGGUCAGCCCCCCUCCCCCUCACUUUGAAAAACCUUCCGCGGCCCCUGGUUUAAACUUAAAAAUGUUCAGCUUAAGUCCUCAAUUUUGUUUUGAAAGAGUUUGAAAAGGUGUUGGUUUGAAAGAAUUUGAUGAGGUCCAAGGCAGAAGGACUACACCUGCAAAGUCAAUAUGAAACAAAAUGUAAGUUUGUAGAUCUAUGUACAACACACUGCCUAAAUAAUGCCACUAGUCUAUUGCUUCAAAAUAUCAAAGUAGUAUGGAAUGAU